CAAACCGGGUUACCGGGUGGAGUCAGGUCCGCAAUUGGAUUUGGCCCAAAGUGAACUGAUCCGGGAGAAACGAAAUAACGUUGCCACUCACGAAGACAAACACGAACGUAGAACUUUUCCUCUCGUCUCUCAGACUCUCCUUCUAGACGACACUAUCUCUGCUGCGACUUGA